CUCUCUUUCACGCCGAUAAAGAUGGCGAUUUUGUCUUCUCCGUUGUGCUCCCUCCGGUGAAAUCAACGACGGAACCCACCGAAGCUUCUCUCUCCACCUCUACGUCUCUCUGCUACUCUCCGCCUCUCUCCACCUCUCUCCGCCUCUCGCCGCCUCUCCGCUUCUCGCCACCUCUCUGCUUCUCUCCGCCUCUCUCGGCGUCUUUCCUCCUCUCGCCGCCUCGUCGGUUCUCUCCACCUCUCGCCGCCUCUCCGCUUAUCGCCACCUCUCCGCUUCUCUCCGCCUCUCCGCCUCUCUGCCUCAAUUUGCGAACGGUUUGUUUCUUUGAUUUGUCUUAGUCUUUGUUUCAUUAUUAAUUUUGUGACUUUGACUUGGAUCAAUAUUUGUUUGCUUGUGUGGAUUGACUUUUUGAUUAUGUGAACCGAUUUUAUUGAACAAUGUUAGUGUUUGUGUUUGUCUUUGUGAGUGUUACGAUACUGAUUUCGUUGAACAAUGUUAUUGUUUGUGUUCGUGACUGUUACGAUACUGAUUUCGCUGAACAAAGUUUGUGUGUAGUUGACUCUUAAUUGUCUUAGUUUGCUGAUUUGUUUGCGAGAUGGAGAUUGACUUGUUUUAAUUUGAUUAAUCGAUCUACUGUGUUUCUAAAUUUAAAUUUGAUUAGACAAUGGUGUUUGGUUUUGAUUAUUAUCUUGUGUUUGGCUCAGUUUCACUCUUACGCUUGUUUCGGACGUUUGCGUGUUUAUGCUUUCAUGUGAUGUCUUUUGGUGUUAACAACCAUGUGUUUUAUUAUCUUUUGUAGAUAUGGAGCUUGAGCUACCCAAACGAUUGUAUGCAGAGGGUUCAGAACCUCGGGUUAAGAAGAUCAACAACAGUUGCCGCAUGGAACUUAUCAGAGAUCUGAAGAAAGCUAUGUGUGCCGAGUAUGAUGAUGUGAAGAGAGAUCCAGUUUUCACACAUAUCAUGGCUAUUGCCGAAAAUGAUCUCAAGUUCUCUGGGAAACUAGUGGAUAGCUUCAUAUGUAGGCAGCUGAUUACCUCAAAGCUGCAUGAGAAGUGGUUUGUUUUUGCGAGGACGCCUCUCCGGUUUUCGCUUCAGGAGUACCAUGCCGUGACAGGCCUCAAGAUUACACGGGAAACUAACAGUGACGUAGUGAAAUGGAAAAACGACGGGGGUUUUUGGAGUAACCUACUGCACACAGGUGGUAAGAUCACCUUGCAGUCGAUCAGAAAGGUUCAUCUACAAGAAGUUCACACCUGGACUCGGCUUGAUAGGAUGAGGUUGAUCUACUUGUGUGUAAUAGUGGGUGUGGUGAUGGGGAGAGAUGAGAAGGUGUCCAUCCCUCAUAUGUACAUCAAGUUGGUGAUGGAUUUUGACAAGGUUCGGAAGUUCCAUUGGGGUCUUCACUCGUAUGAUUUCCUGCUGAGUUCGAUUGAGAAGGCUAGGAAGAAGUUGGGUAAGAAGGAGAGCUACAUUUUCGAGGGUUUCUCCUAUGCUCUCCAGAUUUGGAUUAUGGAGGCAAUUCCUGAUUUUGGAGAAAUUUUAGGCAGAAGAGUCUCAGACAGCUUCAAAGGUCCAAGGUGUGGCAAUUGGAAAGGAGUUGCAAAAGUUUCUUAUGAAGACAUCAUUGAGCUCGAGGACUCCUUAACUAACAAGGAUAACUUCUUCUCGGUCAUAUCAGUGACUGGUAAUGGUGAUGUGUUUCUAGAUGCUCAGUACACAAGGGAGGGUGAGAUGGAAGAUGAACGAGUGGACCUUGUUUUGGAGAGGAUCAGGAACAAGUAUGAUUGGAGCAGCACAGACUGGCCAGUUUUAGACCCUGAAGAGUCUAAAAUGGAGGAACCCGACAGCCAUGAUAGAGGGUCAGAAGCUGAUAAGAGCGUGGAUCAUACGGAUGUUGUAGCAGACGAGGAGACCUCUUCGGUUAGGUUGCAGGAAAAGGCAAGAGAAAGUUUCUUGAUGAAGGAGCAGAGACAAGAAAGAAGAAGGUGCUGUGUAAGCGAUCAGCAGAAAAGUUUCUGA